CAUGCAGCAGAACUAUGAGAAUGUGACCUCGCUGGGGUUUCUAGUUUUCCAACAUGAUGUGAUCUCUCAGUUGGAACAAGGGGGAGAGCCAUGGGUCCCAGACCUCCAGGGUUCAGAGGAAAGAGAAAUCCUGAGAUCUCCCUGCACAGGUGAUGCAAUGGCAUGUGAGAACGAGGAGCAGAAUUCUCAGCCUGAAAAUGUUGAGCCAGUGGGUAAAGACAGAGCAUUAUCGCAAAGAUCGAAAAGGAAUGUGUCCAGGAGUCAUGAGGAGGGAAAAUCCUGGGAGAUUCAUCAUAGACCAGAAACAGAUCAAGGAAACCAGCCAGGGGAGAAAGUGGAUAAAUUUAUUUCCUCUUGGGGAACUCAGAAGGUCCUCAUGGAAGCCACAACACAGCAGGAUUUGCUGAGGCGAAAAAGAAAAAAUACAUGCAGUGGUUGUGGAAAAACCUCUCGCACCUCAGCCCUUUCUGUACGUCAGAGAAUCUACACGCAGGAGAGACCCUACAAAUGCAGUGAGUGUGGGAAAACCUUCAGUCGCAGCCCCCACCUUAUUAGUCAUCAAACAAUCCACAGAGGAGAGAGGCCCUAUGAAUGCAGUGAAUGUGGGAAAAACUUCACUCGCAGAUCAGCCCUUUCUGUUCAUCGGAGAAUCCACACAGGGGAGAGGCCCUAUGAAUGCAGUGAUUGUGGGAAAAGCUUCAUUAGCAUCUCACAUUUUUCUAAACAUCAGAGAAUCCACACAGAUGAGAAGCCCUAUAAAUGCAGUGAUUGUGGGAGAACCUUCAGUCGCAGAUCGGCCCUUUCUGUUCAUUUGCGGAUCCACACAGGGGAGAGGCCCUAUGAAUGCAGUGAUUGUGGGAAAAGCUUCAAUCGCAGUUCGCACCUUAUUAGGCAUCAAAAAAUCCACAGAGGAGAGAGGCCCUUUGAAUGCCACGAGUGUGGGAAAAGCUUCACUCACAGAUCAGCCCUUUCUAGACAUCAGAGAAUCCACACAGGGGAAUAA